CUCCCCGUCCCUCCCGAGCCUCCCCUCGCCGGCCUCCAGGCGGAGCCGAGGCCGGAGCCGAGGCCGGGGCCGGGGGGCCGGGGGGAUGCGGGCUGUGGGGGUGCUGGGGCUGGGGGCUCUGCUGGCCUGGCUGCCCCCCGCCCCUGCCGACACCUUCUCGGCUCUGCGAAGCGUGAGGCAGGCGCGGGGGGCCGAGGGGAGGCUGCUGCGGAGGCUCCGAGCCUACCUGCGGGAGGAGAGCGCCCGCCUGCGCCGCCUGGGCAGGUUCUACGAGAAGGUGCGGGCGCUGCACCAGGACCCCGGCGCCUCGGUGGACAACCCCUUGCUGGCCUUCAGCCUCAUCAAGCGCCUCAGCUCCGACUGGCCCCGCCUGGUCUACAGCGACGAGGCCACCGAAAACACCCGGGCUCUCCACGAUGGUUUCAAGGAGGUACAGCAGGAGCUGCCCGGAGCCGAGGACCUGGACGGGGCGGCGCGGGCGCUGAUGCGGCUGCAGGAUGUCUACGGGCUCAGCGUCAAGGGCAUGGCCAACGGCGUCUUCCAGCCCGCCGGCACCGGCCGCCCGCCCCUCUACAGCCCCGGCCGCCGCGUCGCGCUCUCCGCCGACGACUGCUUCCAUGUGGGCAAGGUGGCCUACGACACGGGCGACUACUACCACUCCAUCGCGUGGCUGGAGGAGGCCGUCAGCCGCUUCCGCCUCUCCUAUGGCAGCUGGAACCCGGAGGAGGAGCGGGGCAGCCUGGAGGAUGCGCUCGACCACCUCGCCUUCUCCUACUUCAUGGCUGGAAACAUCUCCCACGCCUUGACCCUCUCCAAGGAAUUUCUCCACUACGACCCCAGUAACCAGAGGGUGACGAGGAACGUGGCCAAGUACAAGAAGCUGCUGGCCACAGGGGGGGACCGUGCUGGGGGUCCCUUGCAGCGCCCCAACGCCACCCGCCUGCAGAGCCGGGACACCUACGAGGAGCUGUGCCAGAGCCUGGGGGCGCAGCCGGCCCCGGAGCGGCCCCCGCACCUCGGCUGCUCCUACGAGACCAACGGCAGCCCCUACCUCCUGCUGCAGCCCGCCAAGAAGGAGACGCUGCGGCUCCGGCCCUACGUCGCCUUGUACCACGACUUCAUCAGCGACGCCGAGGCCGAGACCAUCAAGGGGCUGGCGGGGCCCUGGCUGCAGCGGUCCGUGGUGGCCUCCGGGGAGAAGCAGCAGAAGGCCGAGUACCGGAUAAGCAAGAGCGCCUGGCUGAAGGACACGGCCGACCCCGUGGUGCGGGCGCUGGAGCUGCGCAUGGCGGCCGUCACCGGCCUGGAUUUGAGGCCGCCCUACGCCGAGUACCUGCAGGUGGUCAACUACGGGCUGGGCGGCCACUACGAGCCACACUUCGACCACGCCACGUCCAGGAAGAGCCCCCUUUACAGAAUGAAGUCUGGCAACAGGAUCGCCACGGUCAUGAUCUACCUGAGCGCCGUGGAGGCCGGCGGCUCCACCGCCUUCAUCUACGCCAACUUCAGCGUGCCCGUGGUUAAGAACGCAGCCCUCUUCUGGUGGAACCUGCGGAGGAACGGCGACGGGGACGGGGACACCCUGCACGCCGGCUGCCCCGUCCUGGCUGGGGACAAGUGGGUGGCAAACAAGUGGAUCCACGAGUACGGGCAGGAGUUUCGGCGGCCGUGCAGCCGUGAUCCCCGGGACUGAGCGACAUCGGGGGCUCGAGGACGCAGCUCCUGGCCGAGGGGAUGUUUUUGCUCCCCUCCGAGCCGAAGCUGGUGAAAAUAAAAUCGAAGGAGACCGAACUGGAGUCUGGGGGAGACACCUCGGCGUGGUCCGCAGCGGGAUGGGGGCAAGGCUCGGCAGCAGGCUUGUCACAUCCCCGUCACACCCCCCGCCCGAAACGGCCUGGCACAGCUCCGACAGGGGACACGGGACAGACUGCCGCCUCCCCCCGCGACGUUGGUGUUCCUGACCCCGCCAGGGGCCUCGCUCAGCCCCACGGGGAUGCACCCCAAAGAGCACCCAACCCCGCACCCCAACGAGCAUCCCACCCCGCACCCCAGCAGGCUCAGCACCCUCGGGCAGGGCUGGGGGGUUUGUGGGGGUGUGGGAGCGCUCACGCGCGUGGGGUGGCGUGGGGGCACGUGUCCGUAUCCCCCCCAUACCCAUACGCCUCUGAUGCCGGCCUCGCCCCUAAACGCACCCUCAGCCCCAGCUAAAAACCCUAAAUGACUUUUUACGAUAAAAAGACCGCCAGCCAGAGCCAUGGCAUCCCCACGGCAAUCAGUCCGCUUCAGAGUGAACGAAGCGGUCAUACUGGACCCGAGGAAAGCCACGGUAUUAUCCUGACCCCAAAGGAACCGGCUCAGAGGCACGAGCACAGCGGGGUCGGUGCGGCGGCUGCUGCCUUCCAGCCUCCCCGGCCCCCAGCCCGCCCUCGCUCAGCCCCGCUCCCCGGGGGCGCCGCGGACAAGCUCCCUUUUCUCCGGCCUUUCUCCGGCCGACCGCAGCUCCGACGUGACUGGAAGGCAAAGGAGGCGGCCGGGCUCCCCAGCAGCACCCGGAGAUCGGGCAGGGACCCUCGCACCGCUCGCCUUCCCCUGAAUUUCAGAGGUGGGGGGGGGACAGCCCCACGAGGGGCAGAGGAGGCGAUGCUCGAUUUUCGGGAUCGCCGUCAGCCCCGGCACGUUCUCAGAAGCUGCCCCGAAACUCCCUGACUUGCGUGGGAGAAAUUAAGGGGCUCUCGGGCUUCCUCGCAGGCACAGGAAUGCGCAGAACUUGAGCCAUUUCAGAUGGCGCUGCCCCAAAAAUUCCUUACUCCAGCGCCGAAACCCGCAACCCCGGCGGUGGGGGCGUUGCAGAACACACGGCCCGACACAGCACCCACCAGCCGGAGCCCCACGAUUUAUUACUUUCAGCUGUUCCCGGCCAUGUGGGAGCAACCAGGGGUGGAGGGGAGGGGAAAAAGCAGGAGCUGGGGCCGAAGCACACUCCACACCCGCUGGAGCAGGAGCAGGGAUGGUUCAGAGGAUGGGAGGCUUCCGUGAGUCACCCAAAAACCCCAAAGCGCCCCUCUCGGGGCCGCGACGGUCCACGAAGCCAGCUCUACACGCUGAGACAGGAGACGGAGGAGCUCCUACCCGAGGCUUUGCACAAAUGCUUUAUUGGGAGGCGAGAGAGAUGGACACCGAAGGAGAGAGCGACAGGGCGAGGCGGGACAGGGUGCGCAGCCUCCAGGGACCCGAGGGACACACGAACACGUUUUCCUUCGGGGGAACAGACGACGACGACAAGAGGGCACCCGGGAGCUACACCCAACCCGGCUGGAAACCCUUCCACGGGGCCAGCAUCCCCCAGGGGAGCUCGGAG